AUGUGCAGCAAAAACUUCGGCGCCGUGUCGUGUGAGUCAUGUAAAGCAUUUUUUCGGAGAAACGCCGCAAAACGUGAGGAAUACGUCUGUCUUUAUAUCAAAAAAUGUAAAAUUGGUUUAAAUACACGAAAAUUUUGCCGAACGUGUCGUUUGGAAAAGUGUUUCGAUGUGGGAAUGAAAGAGGAUUGGAUACUAAAUGAUGAGCAAAGAGAGGAAAGGCGUCUCAAAAUAGAGGCCAAACGACUGAAGAGGAAUAAAAAUGCCGACAAAUGCGAAGACAAACUCGAGACCAAACAUACGUCUAAUGAAUCCGUCGAUAAAAACAAUAAUCUCAAGAUUGAUGUCUUGAAUACCGAAAUCAAUGACUGGACAACUGGUCCGCAAAGUAUGGACCACGAAGUCUUGGCGACCGACACGAGUAACUCAAUUGAUGGCACCGAUAGCUUAGGCUCGGGGUAUGAAUCGGCACUCAUUCCAGUGGUCAGACUUGUGAUCAACAAUAACUUCAACGCUUCGGAACACCAAUUCUUCAGCGAACUAUUGUUGGCCAUCAGUCAACUGCAUCUGAAUAUAGAUCCCGUGGCCAUCCAUGAGCUCAAGACUUUCCAAGAGUUCAGACAAUCAGUGUUGCCGAGAAUGGAGAGCGACUUCAAAGCGAUGGUAAACGUGUGCAAGAGUUUGCACACAUUCCGGUGCGUCUGCGACAGCGACCGAAUGGCACUCUUCAAGCCGGCAUCCCGUGAGGCGCUAAUGUUCUAUAGUUUUGGCCAUUUCUAUGAUUAUGGUAACCAGUGUUGGAAUAUAAACAUGCACGAUGGCACAGUAUAUGUGCUCAAACUGGAUGUAUUGAAACAAAUGCCGGGCAACGCUUAUACGGUGGCCAAACGCUUAUUGUAUAAUAUCGCACACAUCAUGGACUCCGAUCAUUAUAUAAUUCAAUUGGUAUUAAUACCGAUCCUACUCUUCAAUCCCGAGCGACCAAAUCUCACGCAUAAAGACUUAGUAAAACUUCAACAGCGAUUGUAUAUGUAUUUACUUAAACGCUAUUUGACUAUUAAAUACGGGUCCGAAACGGAGGCCAACACUAGAUUUAAGCAAAUAUUAGACACUUUACACGAUUUAAGCACUUUGUGUGAAAUUCAACUGCAAAUCGAGAGAUCACUCGACCCGCGAGAGGUCGGGCCGCUCAUGAGGGAGUCGAGUACCGAAAGAAAGAGAAUAAAGGGACCUCUACUCAGGGAUAAAGACAAAAUAUGUCUGAUUUGCGGCGACGGAGCCAUUGGCAAAAACUUCGGGUCCGUGUCGUGCGAGUCAUGUAAAGCAUUUUUCCGGAGAAACGCCGCAAAACGUGAGGAAUACGUCUGUCUUUAUAUUAAGAAAUGUCAGAUCGGUUUAAAUACACGAAAGUUUUGCCGAACCUGUCGUUUGGAAAAGUGUUUCGCUGUGGGAAUGAAAGAGGAUUGGAUACUAAAUGACGAGCAAAAAGAGGAAAGGCGUCUCAAACGACUGAAGAGGAAUAAAAAUGCCGACAAAUGCAGUGACAAACUCGAGACUAGAAGCGUGUCCAGUGAAUCGCCCGAUGAAGACAAUAAUCUGAAGAUUGAUGUAUGGAAUACCGAAAUCAAUGACUGGACAACUUGUCCGCAGAGUGUAGACCACGAAGUCUUCGCGACCGAUACGAGUAACUCAAGUGAUGGGUGCCAUAGUAUCGACUCAGGGUAUGAAUCGGCGCUCAUUCCAGUGGUCAGACUUGUGAUCAACAAUAACUUCAACGCUUCCGAACACCAAUUCUUCAGCGAACUAUUGUCGGCCAUCAGUCAACUACAUGUGAAUAUAGAUCCCGUGGCCAUCCAUGAGCUCAAGACUUUCGAAGAGGUCAAACAAUCAGCGGCGACGAGGAUGGAGAGCGACUUCAAAGCGAUGGUAAACGUGUGCAAGAGUUUGCACACAUUCCGGUCCGUCUGCGACAGCGACCGAAUGGCACUCUUCAAGCCGGGAACCCGUGAGGCCCUGAUGUUGUAUAAGUUCGGCCUUCGCUAUGAUUAUGGUAACCAGUGUUGGUAUAAUAGAAACAUGGACGACGGCACAGUAUAUGUGCAUAAUGUGGAUGUAUUUAAACAAAUUCCAGGCAACGCUUAUAAGGCGGCCAAACGCUUAUUGUAUAAUAUCGCACAUAUCAUGGACUCCGAUCAUUAUAUAAUUCAAUUGGUAUUAAUACCGAUCCUACUUUUCAAUCCCGAGCGACCAAACCUCAUGUAUAAAGACUUAGUAAAACUUCAACAGCGAUUGUAUAUGUAUUUACUUAAACGCUAUUUGACUAUUAAAUACGGAUCCGAAACGGAGGCCAACACUAGAUUUAAGCAGAUAUUAGACACUUUACACGAUGUAAACACUUUGUGCGAAAUUCAAUUGAAAAUCGAGAGAUCACGCGACCCGAGAGAGGUCGGGCCGCUCAUGAGGGAAAAAUACCAAUUAGCCGACGGGUCGGCCGAUAAUCAUGCGGUAGUCAAUAGACGGGUGAUAGAUAGGGAGGGGAAAGGGUUGGCCAACGAUAUCACACCCGCCACUACAUCGUCAGCUCCAUAA